AUGCAUUCUCCACUAUCCCCUGUGGCAGUUAUUGCUUUACUGCUCCUGCUGCUGGUGAAGGUUGAUGCAAGCAUGAAAAAGGCAAAUAACUCAAUUAGCAGAACAUUCACGCCCACUGAGCGUUAUUUUUUUGACGUCAAUGGCGAUCCUAUUGAUACAAGCAAUGGAAAACUUAAUUAUGUCAAUGGUUACUACGUUUGGUAUGGCCAGAAGGCUUCCUGUCCUGGAUACAACAAUGGGAAUUGCGGCAUUUGGUCCUGGACAUCCCCUGAUUUGAAAUCGUGGAAUUCCAACGGUGCCCUCUUCAACAGCACAGAUCCCAUCAACAAAGCGGCAUGCACAGGUAGUAUGGGGGGUUGUGGGCGACCUAAGAUUGUUUAUAACGGUCAAACCCAAAAACACGUCUUAUAUUCGUUCGCAUCGCGGCUGAGUGCCCCAGGAACGAUCCCAGUCUUUACUUCUGAUUCUCUGACAUCUGGUUAUACAUUUGCUGGAUAUAGCCACGUCAAAGGAGUUCCUCAGAACUGGACAGUUGAAGACUUGGGGCUUAGUGUUAUUGAUGGGACUGAGUACGUGAUCUGGACUCAGUAUGACUAUACAGAAACUGUCGGCCGCGGAGCUUUGGCUGGAUACUCAUCCAUCUAUCCGCCUUUUAUUCAAACUCUGCAUCUACAGAAGCUGACACCUGAUUUCCUCAACGGCACCGGCACCAUGUGCCUGUGGUUCAGGGGCACCUGUGAUAAUUGUAAUCAGUCAAUUAUUAUAUCCUAUCGAUCCAAAAACCCAUCUGGGCGCUUCACACGUCAGAUUGUGAAGUCCAGUUUCACUUGCGGUGGUCAGGUAGACGGCGUGGCCACAGUUCCAAGUCCAAAUGGAAAAUCUGGCUCGACAUAUCUACUCAGCGCAGAUGCGUACUUAUCACCUCCAUAUAGUUCAUCUGCAAGUACUCAAGGGUUUAAUGUUUUCACUCUUUCAUUCAAUGAAGAUGGAUCCAUCAAGCCCUUGUCCUGUGACCCAUCCAUCAAAUAUACCGUCGAAGGCCCUGAAGGCAAAUCUGAUUUCCUCUCGGGCAUUUACGCAGAAGCGACCGAUAAGGCCCCUAACAUGGGAAACUAUACUGCUGCCAAUGAUGUUCCCUACGCCAACUUUUACCAGACUUGGGUUUCAUCCAAACCCGGAAAUCUCACUACUAUUGGCAUCAUCUUCCGCUAUGCCAGUGAAGAGAAACUUUUAUCACCAUACUACAUAUGGGAAACGUUAGCAUCGGUCUCAGUCGGCCUGGAUGAUACGUUGCAAAACUCCUUGCUCACAUUCAAAGUACCAGUCGGCAAAACAGUCAAAGAAGGCGACUUGCUUGGCUUCACUCUCAAUAGUGGAUCACUUGGACAGCAGGGUAACGCACCUAUUGCAUACUUCAUUAAUGACGAGAGCGAGCCCAAUCACAAACUGUAUGCUGAAGCUCGGGGUCAUGUAUCUGAAGAAGAGGAUUUGUCGCCGCCCAUAAAGCUACUGCCUGGUCGUGAAUUGAAGUGGUAUGCUAUUGUUGAAUGA